UGGCCUUCCAAAAUUAUGUAGAGUUCAAAUAUCUUGCUCUACUCGUACCAACUUAUUGAAAAAAUCAUUUAAUUCAAGAAGUUCAGUGGUUCCAAGAUUAGCUUUUGGCAAAAGUUGUAAAGAGAGAAAUCUUAGCACUACAGUGUACCGUAACGUGGCCGAGAAAAAAAAACAUGAUAUUUAUGCUGUUUCAAUUAGUAAGCCUGGAAUGGCACCUCCAGUUUCUGACACUGAAGCUAUCCUGAAAGGACUUUCUGAUUCAAUCGCGGGACACGAGGAAGGACAAAUUGAGUCAGCCGAUCCACAAGAGUAUUCAAAACAAGGAUUUACAAUAAACUUCGGUCCUCAGCAUCCUGCUGCACAUGGUGUUCUUAGGAUGAUUUUAGAAUUAAAGGGAGAAGAAAUUGUUCGGGCAGAUCCACAUAUAGGGCUACUACAUCGAGGAACUGAAAAAUUGAUUGAAUAUAAAACUUAUUUGCAAGCUUUACCUUAUUUUGAUCGUCUGGAUUAUGUCUCAAUGAUGACCAACGAACAAUGCUAUUCAUUGGCAGUGGAGAAGUUGUUAAACAUUGAGGUUCCUGAACGUGCAAAAUAUAUUCGUACUUUGUUCGGAGAGAUUACAAGGAUUUUGAAUCAUAUUAUGGCGCUUAUGUCACACGCUCUCGACAUUGGAGCGCUAACGCCUUUCUUGUGGAUGUUUGAGGAACGUGAAAAGUUAAUGGAAUAUUAUGAACGUGUAUCUGGAGCUCGUAUGCAUGCCGCUUAUGUGCGUCCUGGUGGUGUCGCACAAGACAUGCCUCUAGGUUUAAUGGAAGAUAUAUAUCAGUGGUCUACUCAAUUUUCUUCACGUAUCGACGAAACGGAAGAAUUAUUAACCAAUAAUCGCAUUUGGAUAAAUCGCACAAAGGACGUUGGUAUAGUUACAGUUCAAGAUGCUUUGGAUUACAGUUUCUCUGGAGUGAUGUUACGUGGAUCUGGAGUUAAAUGGGAUUUGCGCAAAGUUCAACCAUAUGAUGCAUACGAACAUGUUGAAUUUGACGUACCAGUUGGCACUACGGGUGACUGUUAUGAUAGAUACCUUUGUCGUGUUGAAGAGAUGAGACAAAGUUUGAGAAUUAUACAUCAAUGCUUAAACAAAAUGCCUCCCGGACCUAUUAAAGUUGAUGAUUGGAAGAUAUCUCCACCAAAUAGAUCUUCUAUGAAAGAGAAUAUGGAAGCAUUGAUUCAUCAUUUUAAACUAUAUUCAGAAGGGUAUUCUGUUCCUCCUGGUGAAACAUAUACUGCAAUUGAAGCCCCAAAAGGAGAAUUUGGUGUUUACCUGGUUUCUGAUGGAACAAAUCGUCCAUACAGAUGUAAAAUCCGUGCGCCUGGUUUUGCUCAUCUUGCAGGUUCAGAUUUUAUGGCCCGCGGUCAUUACAUUCCCGAUAUGGUUACAGUGAUAGGAACUAUGGAUAUCGUAUUUGGAGAAGUAGACAGAUAA